CAGAGCAGGGAGGGGUUGUCGCGUCUGGGCGGGGGUGAAAAUCGAAUUAGAGUUGAAAAUUAACCGUUUUUGUUUACAAAAUGCAAGGAAACAGUGUGAUUUGUGGUUAUUUGGACGUGAAAAUAUCGGCGAAAAGCAGAAGAGGACUCACUCCGUGGAAGGCAUGGCAAAAACAAUGGUGUGAGUUAAAACGUUUGGACAGUAUUGAAAAUGGGGUGGAAUUGAAGCUGAAAUCGUCGAUGGAAGGGUCAGUUCUCAACUGUCUCCUCUUGCCCAGGUCUUCAACAAUUUGCAGAACCGAGUCUCGCACCAAACAGUAUGCUUUUGGUGUGUUUGCCAUGGGGCGAACGCAAAAGCCUCUGUUGUUUCUGUCAGGGGCCACAGAAAGUGAUGCACAAGACUGGAUAGCGUCAAUUAGAAAAAUGCUAUGUGUGGCUUCGUACUUGCCAGUGGGCGAAUCGAAUUUUCACAUUUCGGUUGUUGACAACGAUCAUUCAAGAGCUGCCGGUUUGGUUGGUCUACAUGGUGUGCUUGGAACCAAUUCGCAGGAAAUUGUCAUCUCUGACCCAUGCACUGGUGACCCUAAGUUGUGUUGGUACUGGUACCAGUUUCAUCAGUUCCAUUUUCAAGCUCCUGCACAUCCAGUCGAUGAUAAGCGCAUUAUUGUGAUGCACACCAGUGGUGAAUUUCCUGCCGGCCCAGGACAGAUUUACCUUUACUGCGAGCAAGGUUCUCGCCUUUUAAAUCACUUAGUCACUCGAGGCAAAAGAUCCAAAACUAGUCCCGGAUUAAAAUCAUCAAAGCGACUUAGUCGCAGCGAAGGUGAUCUUUGUAACAACACAACCACCAGCAAAUGUUCUUCAGACAGUCCAGUGUGUAUCCGGAGUCAAACCGGAAGCGACGAUUCCGGAGUCCGAGUAUCCAUAGCCUCGGACGAUUCAGCGUAUUUACUCAAACCAAAGACUGCAUCAAGCCUAAUCAGUAUUGGCAUGGGUGUGCUGACAAAAACUCCCGGUGGCAGCGAAACAAAUGACGACUCUUUCCAAGACUUGACAACUCUUGAAGAUCAAACCAAAUGCAAUUUGCCGCGACGCGAAUCGGGGGUUUCCCUCGCUUCGGGGAUUUACGAGGAGAUAUCCGAAGACACCGUCAAGACGCCUAUACCAUUAACGAACCAUAUCUACGAAAACCCCAUAGAUUUAAUUUUAGAUACAAAGCUGAAGAAGCACACUAAACCACCGCCUUUACCGCCGAGGAAGUUCGAUUUCCCUCUCUCAAGCCCGAAAAUACUCACCGAGCAAUACAAACAUCGAUGUAACACUCUCCCCGCCAAAGACCUGUCGAAAAUAUCGCAAAUUUUCACAGCAGACUCCGAAUACGUGGUGAUGAGUCCAUCGAAACUUCCCGACAAAACCAAAGAAAAAUCGAAAAUCAGCACGAUCGCUGAAAGUCUAUACAUGCCGAUGUCACCAGUCAUAAGCUUGAAAAAUAAAAUCGAGAAUUGCUACAUGAUCAUGAACGGAAAAAAAUAAUCGAUACAUAUCUGAGAAUCAAGUACAAAAGUUGGAUGAAAUUACGCAUUGCUCAAUAUUUUUGAUCUGAAAAGCUUUCAAGACUGGAACAAGAACUCGAACUCCUCUCUGUUCGAGUGCUCGUAUACUAAAUCAAUCUUUCAAUGCCUUGCUUCUUGCCUUUUAUUGUUGAUUGUUAUUGUUAUCUGUACCUACGCCUUGUUUGCUACCACUAGGCCAAAAACGGUUCGAUUUUGGAAUAUUUCGACCCAAAAGUUUGUUUUAUUGUGAUCUCGUGAUCGGUUUUUUGUUACUUAUUUGCGACAAGCAUAUGUAUUUUUUAAUCAGUAUUAUACUGUAUACUCGUUUUGUAAUAACAUCAUAAAAAUAUUUAACCAAAGCUUAAUAAAGUUUUUUUUUAUACAAA